ACGAACGACGUCGGUCAUACCCAAAUGGAAGAUCCAUCCAUCAAUUUUCGGUUAUUGCCGAGAAUGAUGUCAUCCCCCCGACAUACUUAACUUGCUCCAAACCUCUUACGAUUACCAUUUGAACUAUCAACAUGCCUUUCUCCGUCAAUGUAUCAGACAUCUCAUCCUCCACGACGGAAACUCACCUUCAGGAGUUCUUCGCGUUCUGUGGAAAGAUCGAAUCCAUCGAUUUCAAGCCACCUACGGCUGUGAUCCAUUUCGAGAAGUCCUCCGCAGCCAAGACGGCCCUUAUGCUGAACGGUGGUACUCUGGAUGGUGCUGAGCUCCGAGUCGAGUCGGAGGUUGAGCACCACGACGAGGAGCACACGGGUGAACCAAUCCAUCACAUUGAGCAGUCAGAUAAGCCUCGGGCUGGAAUUGCUGCGGAAUACCUCGCUAAAGGAUACACCCUUUCCGACACCAUUUUGAAUCGCGCCAUCGAGAUCGACACCAAGCAAGGCAUCUCUAAGCGCUUCCUUUCUUAUCUCACGCAUCUCGACACGACGGUCGGCGCGAAGGCUCUUGGAGCAGACAAGACGAUCUCGGGCAAAGUGACAGAGACACUGACGUCCGCCACGCAGCAGGCCAAGGCCCUGGAUGAGCAGAAGGGCUAUUCCAAGACCGCUGGCGACUACUACAUUAAGGCGCUUGCCUCGCCUUUUGGCGCAAAGGUCAAAGCCUUUUACACUCAAACUGCCAAACAGGCGUUGGACAUCCAUGAAGAGGCGAAGCGCAUUUCUGCCCAGCAGAAGGCUGAGGCAACCCCGGCUCCUGCCGAACAUGCGAAGACAGCGUAAAGAACAAUUGUUUCUGUACCGGAGGUUACUUGUACAAUCGAUCAAGAUAUUUGUACCUUAGUCCUAAAUUGUGAAUAUGUUUGAAGUUGUGGACAUGGG